AUGUCUGAGUCAAAUUUGAGCCAAAUCGGUGUUCGUAUGUCCGAACUGAGGCCGUCCUGUGUGUCCUCAGGCUCUGGCUCUGGUUCUGGUCCUGGUUCUUCUUCUAACCCUAAACCCUCCUGUGUGUCCUCAGGCUCUGGUUCUGGUCCUGGUUCUGGUUCUAACCCUAAACCAUCCUGUGUGUCCUCAGGCUCUGGCUCUGGUUCUGGUUCUAGUUGUGGUUCUGGUUCUAACCCUAACCCGUCCUGUGUGUCCUCAGGCUCUGGCUCUGGUUGUGGUUCUGGUCCUGGUUCUGGUUCUAACCCUAAACCGUCCUGUGUGUCCUCAGGUUCUGGCUCUGGUUGUGGUUCUGGUUCUAACCCUAACCCGUCCUGUGUCCUCAGGCUCAGGGGGGAGUGGCUUAUCUGUCUGGAGAACCGAACCAAACACCUGAAGAACCUGAACCACGCCUACGUCAGGAAGGCCAAGACCGACUCCACCUCCCACACCUGAGGCUCCUCCCACCACCACCGACACCAUGGAGAUCAAGACUUUACUCCUCCCACCAAACAAAUAAAAACAUGUGGAGUAAAAAAAAUGUCCAGAAGAACCUGUAAUUUAAUAGAAGCAGAAAAAGCUGAAAUAAAUGAAU